GUUUUGGUUGUGAACCCGGAAGCGCUGCCGCUGUCACUAUGGGCGUGACGUGAAUGGAUGUAUUAGACGUAGUGAUUAUUGUGUUACAUUGAGUUAAUUAAUGGAUUCGAUUUAGUGAAUUACAUUUGAACUCUCCAAGGAAAUAAGGUUCUGUCAUACCGCCUCGCCUCGGUCGCCCCUUUACCGUCACUCCUCUGGUGAUCCGGUAGGAGUGUUGCCAUGGCGAUGGAGGAGGGCGCUCUGAGCUGCCUGCUGCGCUCGCGUCCCGUCCUGGAGCAGGACAUCAAGGCCACCUACCUGAUGGACCACCUGGUCAGCGACGGGGUGCUCAGCGGGGACGAGGAGGAGCGCGUCAGGAGCAAGCCCACCAGGAGGGAGCAGGCGGCGGCCCUGCUGGAGCUGCUCCUGUUGAAGGACAACGAGGCGUACGUGUCGUUCUACAACGCCCUGGUGAGGGAGAGCUACGGAGACCUGGCCAACCUGCUGCACACCAGCCUGCCGCUGGGCUCCCCCGAGGCCCAGCGCAGCUUCACCGACGCGGGCACGCCCAGAGUCCAGGCGGUCCUGCGGGAGGGGGGCGUCCCCCAGAGGCCCGUGGUCUUCGUCCAGAGACCCCGGCUGGUGCAGCAGCUCCGCCAGCAGCUCCAAGGCCUCCUGAAGGAGCCCGGCUGGGUGGUGCUCCACGGCAUGGCCGGCUCAGGGAAGUCCGUCCUUGCAGCGGAGGCGGUCCGUGACCACUCACUCCUUGAAGAGUGCUUCCCCAGUGGGGUCUACUGGCUGUCCAUCGGCCAGCUGGACCGCUCUGACCUGCUGGCCCGCCUCCAGACCCUGUGCUUCCGCCUGGAGCAGAGCCAGGAGCUCCAAGGGCCCGGCCGGACCCCCGUCUCCCUGGAGGAGGCCAAGGAGCGCCUGCGCUUCCUGCUGCUGCGACGCUUCCCCAGGUCUCUCCUGAUCCUGGAUGAUAUAUGGGACAGCUCGGCUCUGAAGGCGUUUGACGUCCACAGCAGAGUCCUGAUCACCACCAGAGACCGCAGCAUCGCCGACGCCGUCAACGGUGUCCGCCAGGAGGUGGAGGUGGAGAGUGGUCUGGAUGAGGACAAGGCCCUGGAGAUCCUAGCCAUGUACGUCAACACCAAACCCCAGCAGCUGCCUGAGCAGGCCCGCAGCAUUGUGCAGCUCUGCAAAGGCUUCCCCCUGGUGGUGUCCCUGGUGGGCGCCCUGCUCCGGGACUUCCCCGACCGCUGGGCCUACUACCUCACGCUGCUGCGCCGCAAGCAGUUCCGCCGCAUCCGCAAGUCGUCGUCGUACGACUACGACGCACUGGACCAGGCCAUGGACGCCAGCUUCCAGGUGCUGCCCGAGGACCAGAGGGAGCUGUACCGCGACCUCACCGUCCUGGAGAAGGACACCAAGGUCCCCGCGCAGGUGCUGGCGGUGAUGUGGGACCUGGAGCCCGAGGAGGUGGAGGACAUCCUGCAGGACUUUGUCAACAAGUCCCUGCUGUUCCGGGACUGCCACCAGCGGCCGUACCUCUACUACCUCCACGACCUGCAGCUGGACUUCCUGGCAGAGCAGAACCGCAACCAGAUAGUGGCUCUGCAUGCUAAGGUGGUGCAUCAGUACCAGAAGCACUACAGCCAGGGACCUCCGACCUCCGGGGACACAGAGUCCCUCUACUGGUUCAGGUUCCUCACCCACCACAUGGCCCAGGCCAAACUGACCAAGGAGCUGUCCUCUCUGAUGUUCUCUCUGGACUGGGUGAUCACCAAGGCCCGGGUGGUAGGCCCCUCCCCCCUCAUCAACGACUACGUGGACCACGGCGCCGUGCUGGACCGAGAGAACAGCGCGGUGCGGGGCCAGUUCCAGGAGUUCCUGUCCCUGACGGGCCACCAGCUGGAGCAGCGGCCCUUCCCCGACGUGGUGCAGCUGGCCCUGGCCCAGCCCCAGGGCUCUGAGGUCCACCGCCAGGCCCUGCUGCAGGCGCGGGCCGCCGCCACCAGGGGGAGCCUCUACUUCGACUGGCAGAACCACAGCGGGGUAGACAGCGUGUCUCGCCUGGUGGUGCAGCCGAACCUGGGCCCAGUCUACUCGGCCUGCUUCUCCCACGACGGCUCCAAGAUCGCCGCCUGUGGAGCCAGCAACAUGCUCGGGGUGUUUAAGAGCACCUCUGGGGAGAAGCUCCUGGAGGUCACCGCCCACGACGACGAGGUGCUCUGCUGCGCCUUCUCCCCCGACGACCGUCUCCUAGCAACCUGCUCUGCCGACCGCAAGGUCAAGGUGUGGAACGCGGAGCGGGGCAGUCUACUCAGGAAGUUUGAGGAGGAGCACGAGGAGCAGAUCAACCACUGUGUGUUCACCAACGGCCCGCGCUGCCUCCUGCUGGCCACCUGCUCCAAUGACGGCUUCAUGAACACCAAGCUGUGGAACCUGAACAAGCCGUCCUCCCAGAACACCAUGUUCGGCCACCUGGAGCCCGUCACCCACUGCAGCUUCUCCCCCGACGACAAACACCUGGCCACCUGCUCCCGGGACGGCUCCCUGAAGCUGUUCGGCGUGUCCUCGGCCAAUGAGUGGAAGUCGUUCAGCGUGAAGGAUCUGUUCCAGGAGGAGGAGGAGGGGGAGGAGGGCGAGGUCCACGUCAAGUGCAGCACCUGGUCGCCCGACGGAACGCGGGUCAUCUGUGCUGCUAGGAACGCUGUCUUUGUGUUCAGUGUGGAGAGCUCCGAGCUGCUGCUGGAGAUCCGCAGCAGCCGGGGCAGCACGGUGCAGUACCUCCACGCCUGCCCCGUCAGCGGCCUGCUGGCCGUCGCCCUGUCCCACUACACCGUGGAGCUGUGGGACCUGGUCUCCACUAAGAAGGUGGCGGACCUCUGCGGUCACCUGAGCUGGGUCCACGGCGUCCAGUUCUCCCCCGACGGGACCAUGCUGCUGUCCUGCUCCGACGACCACACCGUCAGGCUGUGGGAGACCAGUAGGGUCCAGACAUCCUCCGCCGUGAGACUGAAGAGAGACACCAGUGCGCUCUUCACCGGAGACCGCGUCACCGUGGUCGCCGCCGACAACUGCAACCGACUGCAGGUGCGUGAGGGCCGGACAGGGGAGGUGAUGUUCCAGUCGGAAGAGCAGCCCUCCAGGAUCCGCUGCACAUGUCUGAACAGCGAGCCCAGCAUGGCCGCCCUGGGGAGGGAGGACGGAACCCUCCAGGUGCUGGCGGUCCCCUCGGGGGCCAGCCUGGCCCAGCUGAAGGGCCACACCCGGACGGUGCUCCACUGCUGCUUCAGCCGGGACGGACACACCCUGGUCUCCUCCUCCGAGGACUGCACCUUAAGGGUGUGGAGGUGGAGGACAGGUGAGUGCCAGGUGCUGCAGGGCCACAGGGAGCAGGUGAGGUGCUUCACGCUGCUCUGCAGCCCUGAGGAACAGCUGCUGUCCUGGUCCUACGACGGGACCCUCAAGCUGUGGGAGGUGUGCAGUGGUGCUCUCCUCCAGGACGUGGAGGCCCACCGUCAGGCCAUCCUGUCCUGUCAGGUCUCUGCUGACGGACGGCUGGCGGCCACCACCUCGGCAGACCGCACCGCUAAGCUGUGGAGCUGUGAGAGCUGGCUCUGUGUCCGUCUGCUGCAGGGACAUAAGGACUGCAUCCGCUCCUGUCGCUUCUCGUGGGACAGCCAGCGCCUGGCAACGGGGGACGACAACGGGGAGAUACGGCUGUGGAACGUGGCGGACGGCUCCCUGGCGAGGGUCUGCUCCCGGGAGGGUAAGGACCCCAUGGACUCUCUGCACGGAGGCUGGGCCAGCGACCUCCACUUCUCCCCCGACGACAGCCUGCUGGUCUCCGUGGGGGGCUACAUCAAGUGGUGGGACGUGGGGCGGGGCGAGGCCCUUCAGACCUUCUACCCCCGCGGCGCCAACCUGAAGCGGAUCCACGUGUCGCCCGACUUCUCCACCUUCGUCACCGUCGACAACAUCGGGAUACUCUACGUCCUCCAGCGGGUGGUGGGAACUCUCCCUGAACACCACCCGUGCACCCUAGUACCUUACAAUACUAGUACUUAAGGAUCAGUAAUGGGAUUAA